AUGGCUUCAUCGCCCGUGGCUGCCAUCUCGUCGCCGCCAGAUGCAAGGCCGGCGACGCGCUCAAGGUUUACAUAUCGACAGCUUGGCCAGCUGGCAUCAUUUAACACGUCAAAUCCUCUUCGUGUCAUUGCCCACAUUGACCUAGACGCAUUUUAUGCACAAUGUGAGAUGGUCAGGCUGGGGAUUCCCGAGGAUAAACCUCUCGCGGUUCAACAAUGGCAAGGCCUCAUCGCAGUCAACUACCCGGCUCGGGAUUGGGGCAUCGGUCGACACUGCAACGUGACCGAGGCCAAGAAACUCUGCCCACAUCUCAUUGCCCAACACGUUGCCACAUGGCGAGAAGGUGACGACAAGUGGGCGUACCGAGAUGAUGCUGCUGCCAGCAUCGCCACAGACAAGGUGUCACUCGAUCCAUACAGAUUGGAGUCUAGGAAAAUUCUUGCCCUCAUCCGAGACACUCUACCCCCCAACCUGCAAAAGGUGGAGAAAGCUAGCAUCGACGAAGUCUUCCUCGACCUGUCAGCUCACGUCCAUGCCGUACUCUUGGAGCGGUAUCCCGAAUUGUCGAAUCCAGCCCCCUAUGAUGACCUUGCCGAGAGGCUUCCCUUGCCUUCCAUAGCGGCCCUGGACUGGAAGGCGGAUGCCUUGGUGGAUUUGGAAGACGAUCAGGAGAGUCAAGACCCGGACUGGGAUGAUGUUGCAAUUCUCAUUGGGUCCGAGAUUGUGCGCCAUGUACGUGCACAAGUACGCGGCAAGUUGGGGUACACAUGCUCCGCUGGCAUUGCGAACAACAAAAUGGUCAGUAAAUUGGGCUCCGGCUUCAAGAAGCCCAACAGUCAAACAGUCGUCCGGGGUCGUGCGGUGCAUCUGUUUCUGGCGGAUUUCAAGGUGACCAAGAUUCGCAAUCUGGGCGGCAAACUCGGGGAACGAGUUGUCUCAAUAUUUAACACGCAAAGCAUCAAGGACCUUCUCCAAAUUUCAUUGGAGCAGCUGAAAUUGAAGCUCGGUGAUGACACCGGUUCAUGGCUUCACGAUACUCUACGGGGCAUUGACAACAGCGAGGUCAACGCUCGCACACAAAUCAAAUCCAUGCUCUCUGCCAAGUCCUUCCGACCCAGUAUCAGCACAGAGGAGCAGGCGUUGAAAUGGCUGCGAAUUUUUGUUGGUGACAUAUUCUCACGAUUAGUGGAAGAAGGCGUACUGGACAACCGACGACGACCACGCUCUAUCAAUUUGCACCACCGCCAUGCAGGCCAAACCCGCAGUAGGCAAAGCCCAAUCCCAUCCGGCAAAAUUAUUGACGAGCAAUUCCUGUUUCACUUGGCCAGGGAUCUCCUUGCUCAAAUCCUAGCGGAGGAUAAGGUCUGGCCAUGUGCAAAUCUCAGCCUCAGUGUCGGCGGAUUUGAAGACGGCGUCAAGGGCAAUAUGGGAAUCGGUGCGUUCCUAGUCAGAGGCAAGGAGGCAGCUUCCGCAAGGUCUACAUCCCCAGAGAAGAGAUCAUGUGAGGCCGACACCCAUUCACACAAGAAACCACGGACUACCAACGACAUACAACGGUUUUUCUCCAUGGACGGCGUAAGCAACGGGCAGGUUCCGAGUGCCACGACCGGUGAAGAUGCCCCCAUGUAUAUGCGUGAAAAUGUGCAGUCUUCUGCACUACUUCUUGGCAAGGAAGCCGCAAGCCCAACGGAAAGAGAAGCACCCGAGAAUCAGGCUCGAAUCGCUAGCUUCCUCUGCGCUCGAUGCAGUUUUGUUUCUGUUGAUGCGGAACGGCUUCAGAGCCAUGAAGAUUGGCAUAUGGCCAAGGACAUCCAAGACCAAGAAAGUGGCAAGUACACACCCGCUCAUAAGACAUCGUCUUCCCGCAAUUCGGCCCCGAAAGGAUCAGGUGCAGCACCUAAGCGUAGUCGCGAGAAAGGGCUGGAACAGGGACAGCAGAGGCUCAAAUUCGGAUGA